AUGCCCCACCUGUACCCGGCCGCCUGCCCGUCUCCCCCCCCCGUCGCAACUGUCCACGUGUGCAGCGGCGGUCGCUGUGGGUGGGAGAGGGAGGACGGGAAGGGAUUGGCGGCUCAACCGACGCGCCAGCCAGCUCGCACCCCGCCCAUCUCCCGUACGCCACCCGCAUCUGCACGACCCGUCCCUGCCCCGCCUGCAUCUGCCGCGUCAGCAACUGCCGUUUCGUCCCGUACCCGCACUGUCCCUGCCCCUCCUUGUCCCUUCCUCGUCGCGCCUUCCCCCUCUACCGCGCCUGCCUAUGCCGUGUUGGGCGGUGGUGGGUGUGGAGGACAGUGGGGGCGGCGGCGGCGGGAAUGGCGGGAGUUGCGGGAGUGGCGGGGUUGGCGGCUCAUGUGGGGGGGUGGGGGAGGCGUGGGGGAAAGGGGUGGUGGGCGGCUGUCAGCAUUGUGCCCCACCCGUUCCACCCGUUCUGCCCGUACUGCUGCCCGUGAUUGUGCCCGUGAUUAUACCCGUGUGUUGCCCGUAUUUUGCCCGUGUUCUGCCCGUGAUCCUGACCGUGAUUCUGCCCGUGAUUUUGCCUGUGAUCCUGCCCGUGUUGCUGCCCAUUCCCGUGCCAUACUGACCGUGCACCUCCUGUGCUCCCGUGAUCCUGUGCUACUCAUGCUUCUUGUGCUUCUCGUGCUGCCCCGUGGUCCUGUGCUGUCCCGUAUUGCCCGUACUUCCCCGUGCUUGCCCCGUGCCCGUGCCCGUGCUGUCUGCCCGUGUCCCUGUGCUUCUGCUCGUGCUCUACCCGUGCUGUUUGUUCCCGUGCGUGCCCCACCUGUACCACCCGUGCUGUCAGUGCCCGUGCUGCCCCGUUCUGCCCGUGCUACCUCGUGUUCCCGUGCUGCCCCCGUGUUCCCAUGCUGCCCCCGUGCUGCCCCCGUGCUCCCGUGCUGCCCCCGUGCUCCCGUGCUGCCCUGCUCUCCCCGUGCUGCCCCGUUCAGCCCUUGUGCUGCCCCGUUCUGCCUGUGCUGCCCCGUUGUCCCCGUGUUGCCCCGUUCUGCCCGUGUUGCCCUGCUCAGCCCGUGUCCUGCCCCGUUCAGGCCGUGUCCUGCCCCGUUCUGCCCGUGUUGGCCUGUUCUGCCCGUGCUGCCCCGUUCUGCCCGUUUGUGUCCUACCCGUGCUGUCCGUACCCGUUGGUGCCCCACCCGUGCUGUCAGUUCUCGCUCGUGCCCCACCCGGUCUGUGCUGCCCGGUCUCGUGCUGCCCGUCACCCCCGUGCGGCCCGUCCCGUACAGCACCUAG